UGUUUGUUUGUAAGUUUCUUUUUUUUUAUCGCUUUGAAAAAAUAUAUCCUCCUGUUCUUCUCAUUCUUGAGUUCUUAAUCAUAUCCGAAAAAAGAGAGAAUAAUGGUGGUCAUACAACAUGAACAUCCCUUGACCCUUGUAGAUUUGAAUCCAAAAUAUCCACGUGAUGAAUACGUAUAUGAUGAUGAGGAAGAUUUGAUUAGCAAUCAAGCCUUUCAAUGUCCAUGUGAUCGGUGCGAUCUAAAUAUCACUUUUUUUCAUAGGUAUUACUAUAAGUGUAAUCAGUGUGAUUACUCGCUCCACAAAUUAUGUUAUGAGCUUCCCAUAACGUUAGAACACACAUCCCAUCUUGCACACACUCUUUCCCUCUUUCAAAAUGAGUCACAACAAGAGUGUCAUGUUUGUAAAUAUUACAUUUGGGAUAACCAACUUUGUUACUAUUGUUCUACAUGUAUGUUAAACAUAUGUUUAAAUUGUGGUAAGAAUGAGGCACACCACCAUACUAUUUAUCACCCUAGCCACCGACACCCAUUAAUUCCCAUAAAUAGGGAGAUUUCGAUAAUGUGUGAUGCUUGUGGGAAGCAUCAUCAAGGGCUUUUUUAUCAAUGUAUCACAUGUUUUCUUUCUUUCAUCUAUGAGGACUGUGUUUUUAGUCCGAAAAGGUUGCUAAUUCAAGAAGGUACAUCUGAUGAAUUCUUUCAUACUCACCCACUCAUCCUCACAUACGGAUUUCCGAUGGCGGAUCAACAAGCUAAAUUUAAUCCUAGAUGUAGGGUAUGCAACAAACCAUUUUCUGGUUAUGAGGAUUUUUGGGUUUAUAAAUGCGAAAAGUGUAGAUAUUAUGCUCAUCAUCAUUGUGCAUAUUCAAGAAGUUCAUAUUUAAGAAGUAAGCCCUCGGAAUCAGCUUUGAACCUGAAACUUCCCUCUAAAAAGCAAGUGACUUUAUCAAAUAGGGUAGACGCACGGAAAGCUCCCCGUCCUAUAACCAUUGAAGAAUUGGAAGAUGAUCAUGAUGUUCUCCGUCUUCCGCUCUCCGAACAAAACUACAACAAAGUCAGAGACUUCUUUUUCAAAGAAAGGAAUUACGAGAGCAGCAUAACUGAUGAUAGUCAUUAUCAACAUCCGCUAAUUCGUGUGGAGGCACAAUGCAAUGACAUUGCAACUAUGAAUGAGAAUGAUUCAUUAUGCAAUGCAUGUGUGAUACCAAUCCAAAUGAAGAUGACGUUUUACAAGUGCAAAUUUAAUGACCAAGGAUGCAACUUUGUUCUCCAUGAGUGGUGCAUCCGCUUGCCUGCUAAAUUAAAAGGCCACAAAUAUCACCAAGAACACACCCUUGGUCUUAAUACAUAUUGCUAUUCGUUUGAUGAGGAUGGGUUCAAGUGUGACGUCUGCGAUAAAUAUAGCAAUGGGUUUGCUUACUCGUGUGUUCAAUGUAGUUACACAAUUGAUGUUUGGUGUGCAUUCACACGUGCAAAAAUCACACAUAAAUCUCAUCCAAAUCACCUACUUUCAAGAAAUUAUGGGUUUGCUAGUGAAGACGACUAUUGUCGUAUGUGUUUGUCCGGUUUCACAGCAGACGGUAAUAUUUCAUUCGGUUGCGAUGCUUGUGGGUUUCAUCUACAUGCUGGGUGUGCUUUGUUAUUACCAGAGACAAUUAGGCACAGGUACGACAAGCACCCGCUGAGCCUAGCUUACUCCCCAAUUGAAAACCAUGAGGGUGAUUAUUUCUGUGAAGUUUGCGAGGAGGAAUUUAAUCCUAAUGCUUCUUUCUAUCAUUGCCAUGAAUGUGCCCAGUCCAUACAUACAACUUGUGCUCCGUUAAUACCUCAAAGCAAACCAUUCCUUAAUGGCGGCUUAAGGGUUCUUCCUGGGCAAAUAAAGACGAUACGCAUUUAUGAACCUGAACAUCACCCGCACCCUCUUUCAUCUCGCAAGGGGACAAGAAGUGAUGGUCACUGCACCGUGUGUGGUGAACCCUGUUAUAGUUAUGUCGUCAUCUUAAAGUGUUCAGAGUGUAAGUUUGUAGCCCAUGAAGACUGUUUGAGGUAUCUAUAAGAAUUAUCUAUCUGUAUGUAUUGCUGAUAAUAAAUCAUGUUUAUAUAUAUAUAUAUAUAUAGUGUUUUAACA